AGCUGCUGUUUUCAUAGAUAUUCCGCAAUUUGCUUCUGUAUAUGGGAUUUUUUUAAAGUCUGUCUUUUUCUUUGCCUUUUAGUACAAGUUAAGACAAGUAUACCCCUCCAAUGCUGCAAAUGUACCCGCCUACAUGUCGCAGCAAGAUCAUAUUGGCAUUCGAGUCGCAAAACAGUGAUACUGUACAGGAACAUGUCCAGGGUUCUGUGCUAAACAUGCCCACAAAAAUCCCCUUCCAGGUGUUGUAUUGUUAUGAUGCCAAACGGUAUAUGCAAUAGGAAGCCAGAUAGAGAAAGGCGGUGCAAAGGUUCCCGAUGGGUAAACAUUGUUCUGUGAUAGGUAGAUUUGGUAUAAAUAGGAGCGGGCAAAUGGAGUUGAGCUAGUAUUUCAUUCGGUAGGCCAGUGAGAGAGAACGUAAACAUAAUAUUCCUGGGUGACUGAGCUUUGGAGGAUCUGGAUUGCCGGUACUAUUUACUAGCUGCAGAUGAGGCUCUGGUAUUUUGAGUGAAUUUUUGUGAGCUUUAUUGCAGCGAGGAAUACAUCCUCUCUGUGUGUUCGGACAGAAGAAUUGAAGAAGGCUACGCACGGCAGACCCUCGCCAUGCUGGACGGACGCAUCCCUCAGUUGGAGUACGCCUCUGGCGCCGUGAUCGAGCAGGUCGCGGAAGACAAGCUACGGAUACAGGGCCGCGAUGAGAACAUCAUGAGGGCCAUGUCCCUUAUAUCUGCGAAGACGAACGGGGAAGCUCGUAACUCAGAGAACGGUGCAAUACAUGUAAGGAGAGAACCCUCCAGGACAAUCACUGCCACUUCUUCAAGGACAGACUUCAGCGAUUGCAGUCAUUCCACGAGGGAGGUGGAUGAAUUCGCCGAGAGAUCGAGACCCGUUGCGGUUGAGAACGGGAGUCCACGAGAGACCCCAAGCAAGGAACUGCAGACCAAAGCUGUACCAUCGCCUUCCUCGACCUCGUCGUCGACGUCGAAAUCAAACUCUCAGAACAAGCAUGAGGUCAUCAUUGCCCUCAUGCUCAAGCUCGGCUACUCAAGGCAGAUUGUAGAGCAUGUCUUGGAGCAGAUUGGCGACCAGGCCUCGAGCGACGAGGUCCUGCGGAUGCUGGUGAAUCUUGGAUCACCAAAGAUCACUGAAGAUGUUAGGGGAAGCGAUACCAAGGAAGGGGAUGGGGGAUCAGGGCGAAAGGAUUUUAGCGAUGGAGUCGAGGAGCCCGAGGAAACGGAUUCAGACCCCCACAGGCCAAUCAUUAUCGAUGGGAGCAAUGUAGCCAUGAGCUAUGGAAACUCUAACAUCUUUGACUGCAAGGGAAUCCAUACAGUCGUGAUGUGGUUCCUUCUGCGAGGUCAUAAGAUCAUCUACGUCUUUGUACCGAGCUGGAGGAAGGAACAGUCCAAACCGGAAACCCCCAUCAAAGACCAGGAGAUCCUAAUGGACCUGGAGAAAUCCAAGAUUCUCGUCUGGACGCCCUCGCGGAGGGUCAAAGGUCGGCGGAUGGUCUGCUACGAUGACCGCUACAUCCUCAACCUGGCCCACGAGCUGGACGGGAUCGUGGUCUCCAACGACACUUUCCGGGACCUCUGCGCGGAGAAGCCGGAGCACCGAAAGGUGGUGGAGGAGCGGCUACUGAUGUAUUCGUUUGCCGGCGAUAAGUUCAUGCCACCUGACGAUCCUCUUGGCAGACAUGGUCCAAGUCUGGAGAACUUCCUGCGUAAAACGCCUUCCAAGCCCAGUCAUCAGAUGCAGCUCUGCCCCUACGGUAAGAAGUGCACCUACGGCAACAAGUGCAAGUACAGCCACCCUGAGAGGAGCAGGAACGUCAAGACAACUAGUGAGAUCCUGGUCGAGAAGGACCGCCAGAGGCAGGAGCAGAAGCUCAAAGCCGACCUGAUGGCAAGGGCGCUCAAGACGGAGAUGCUCGAGAUGCCGUGGGAAAAAGAGGACGGGAGGGGAGGAAGCGCCACGGAACCCUUACCUAACCAGUCCGGUUCAUCGCGGGGUUCUGGCAUGUUUCGUGGGGUAGCAACUCAGCAGCAGCAGCAACAUGGAGGUGCUGUCACGUUACCCUUGAGUAAUCAACCAAUGCCGGACAACCGCAUGAACACAGUGCCUUUGGCUGGUCCGCAGCAUAUGCAGCAUGUGCAGCAGUACCGUAUGCACCCUCAGAACUUGCAGUCUAUCAACGAGGGCUGGGCGCCUGCAGAUGAGAGGGUUUCUGAAGGUUGGGUAUCCUCUGAUCAUAGAGUCCCUCCCCUGUACCACCACGCCCAGGCAACGGCCCCGCCCCAACAUAGGAACCAACCCCUCCCGAACAGAUCUUCGAUGACCGCUCCUCUCCAGGGGUACUCUCACCAUCCUCUGCCUAGGCGAGACAUGAUGACGGAGCCUCUCUCCGCCCACGAUUACUACCAGCCCCGUGCCGCGCAGCAGUCUGUUAAGCGCCACUCUCUACCGAUGGGCGCGGUCGAACAGCAGAGACCAACUCUCCAGCAGGUUCACCCCUCCUACCAGAGGGACAGAGGCAACAUGGGUGACUUCAGCAAGGAGUUCCAUCAAAUGUCACUCCAUGAUACCACCAGCCAUGGUGGUGCCUUUGACGAGGAAAGACAUUACAGCUACCCCUUGACCAAGCCUUACAGAGGCACAUCUGGUCUUACCACACAGACUCCAGCCAAUAUGUACACGGACGAUGAGGGUUAUUAUUCUCCAAUCACUCCCAAAGACAUGAGCAUUCCAUCACCAGGACAGCCCUCCCACUCGUCAUCUGUGAGGUACCCUCUGCACCCCAACACCGACAGCAUUCCUCCUCAGUCUCACUCGCAUCGCUUCAUGUACCCCAGCGCCACGCCCUCCUCUUCCUCCUCCUCUGCGUCUUACCCCUUACCCCCUCCUGCCCCCCACCAGAUCUCCGGCGGGGGGACUGACGCGCUCAGGCAUGGCGGCGGGGGGCACCUAGGGGUGCAGCAUCAGGGUCAGAUCAUGAAUCCCAUGGGCAGUCCGCGGAGGACGACCGAGCCAAAGCAGCCCGUACGACAAGUCUGGGGGGAUGCGGGGUCAGAGCCGAUGCCUCCAAGGCAGGUCUGGGGCGAUGCAGGGCCGGAGCGGCUCCCCGAUGCCUCGAGGCAGCAUCUGGGUCAUGAUGAAAUGACCUACCACGAAAGGAUGAGGAGCUCAUCGUCAGGACAACUUCAGAACUAGAAACUUGAGCUACUUACUAGGGUAGUGUAGACAAUAUUUGUUGAUUCAACCAGCACCCCCCCCCCCCCCUAUUACUGCUAUUCAAAUCAUUUCACAUCUAUGAUUUUAAUCAGCUCAGAUAUAUUUGAGCUUGAGCCAAACAUGUCCAAGUUAGAAUCUUAGACAUGUAAGACAUCUUCUAGACAGAUGCUUAUUGGCGUGAUGCUACAUGAAAGAGAUGAGACACGUCUUCUCAUGUGACAAUAGUGAUCUUUUAUUUGUAUUAUUCAGUUUCACUUUAUUGAUCUUCAAGCCAAAAAUCUAGCAUUAUCAUGAUUUAAUUGCAGGCCAAUAUUAUUCCAAAAGUAAAAAGAAAUCAAUCAAUACUAAUUUUGUAUUACUCAUAAAUUCAUGUAAUUUAUAUUAUGAAAUCCUUUCAUAGGCUUUGAUUGGAGGAUAUGAUCAAUAUGUAAUUAAUUGAUCGUGAAUAUUCACAUUGAUUGUUUAAGAUAAAUGCUUAUUCUUGCAGCCUUACACGUAUUUCUUGCAAGGCUCAAUGAAACCAUAUUGCACAAUAUGACACCAUUGUCCUAAUUUUGCCUUGUCAUGUACACAUUUGCACACUCUUUAAUGAAACAAAGUAAAAACUCUGGAUCAUCGUGCAAGCAUUUAUGAUUACUCAAAGUAUAUAGAAAGAUACUACAGAAUUGGGUGCCUAAAUGCCUACUCCAACAUAUGACUAAGCUACCCCCAUUCUGAGCAGCCAUGCAUCGGUAACAUUGUACAAUGGAUGACACAGUCAACAGAUCAUCAAUGGAUAAAGGUCAUGAUUGUAUUCCGACUUCCAACUUCCCGCCCGUAUUUGUUCCCAUCCGUUGAAGAAUCACUUCCCACUCACAACCUGCUUCCGCUUUUCCCAAAAAGGAUAUACGGUUACGGGAUAGAGGAAGUAGCGCACUUCCAACUACUAAUCACCUGUUCUUUGUCCACGCCUUGUUCAAAUAGGAACGCAAGUCAUGGUAACUGGGGCGGCUUGAUUGCCGGUCGACUGGUAUUAGGGUGUUCAAAGAUUAGUUACCGGUAUAUGAUCUUUUUGGUAUCAUGAUGUGUGUCAUAGGUAUGUUGUAUAAUUUCACGAGCCGUACCAGGCGCCAUAGGAAUAUAUGAAACUGAAAGUAAACUGUUAUAACAGGAAUUGAUCAAAACCAUGAAAGGUUGAUAGAAAAGUUAAAGAAUUGUUGUUGUCGUUAUGAUGUGUGUCAUAGGCAUGUUUGGCAAUAUUUCACAAGCCGUACCAGGCGGCGAAGCUAUACAUGCUUCUGAAAGUAUCUUUUCUGUGA